AUGAAGAGCGAGAGAUCUUGUUUUUUGUAUAUGCUUCAAGCUCUGGCCUUGCUGCCUACGAUGGCUUUAAAAGAUUCUCAAAGUACAACAAAGAAGUUUUCAGAAGAACCAGCAUUCGAGAGACCUAUCGGCAACCACACUUUCUUCCUUGGUAGAGAGGCAGUCUUAGGUUGUGCUGUCACGAACCUUGGGAAACAUAAAGUGGGUUGGCUUCGAGCGGAAGACCAGACAGUACUAACAAUGCAUGAAAGAGCAGUUCUGGGCUCAAGAUAUGCGGUAAGCCUGGACGCGCCAAGGACUUGGCAGCUUCGUAUACGCCCAUUACGAGCUGAAGAUCGCGGCUGCUACAUGUGCCAGAUCAACACUCAACCAACUAUGACCUGGCAGAUAGGCUGUAUCGAUGUCUUUGUUCCACCAGACAUCGUCAGCGAUGACACAUCAGGAGAUGUGUCAGUCCAGGAAUUAGAAAACGCGACCCUCACAUGCAAAGCAACUGGACACCCUCCUCCAAAGAUUACCUGGAGAAGAGAAGAUCAUGAACCUAUUCUACUGAAGAAACUUUUAUCGAGGGAUUUUGAAAAAGUUGAAAGCUACGUGGGUAGCUCAAUGCAGCUAUGGCGCGUGGAUCGACGGCAGAUGGGCGCGUUCCUCUGCAUCGCUUCAAACGACGUACCGCCAGCUGUCAGCAAACGGAUCACGUUGAACGUUAACUUUGCGCCAACAGUGAAAGUGCCAAAUCAACUGCUCGGUGCGCCGCUGGGCACGGAUGUGAAACUCAAAUGCUACGUGGAGGCCUAUCCUAAUACCAUCAACUAUUGGAUCAAGAACCGGGGAGAAAUGCUGUUAGAUGGGCCCAAGUACACAAUUAGAGAGGAGAAGACAUCAUACAAGGUGUCAAUGUGGUUGACAAUCAGGCAGUUUUCGAAAAGUGAUAUUGGUACUUACAAUUGCGUGAGUACCAACUCACUGGGCAAGAGUGAAGGAACACUGAGACUGUAUGAAAUAAAGCUGAAUUCAUAUUCGGAGGAUUUCAGCAAUCAAAUAAGCGUCGCUGGAGGUCUAACCGAGGCAGCCAAGGGAAAUUCUGAGAACAAAACACGUGUAGAGAGAACAUUAUUGAUACUGUUAUUUUGUAUUAUUUACCCUUUCAUGUUAACAUAGUUAUUAUUAUGUAAAUAAAAUCGUUGAAUCAUUUUUAUGCUUAAUUAAUAGUAAAGUAUGUAUUUAAAUAUCUCUGUAAAUAUUAUUGUAUAAGGUGUAAUAAUAAAUGUAAAGUGACAACGAUAAUGUAAUUUUGAGGUAGAUUUAUACGCAAUCACUUGUACAAGUUACUGAUGCCAGCUACUGACAGUAAUGUUUACCUGAGUCUUCGUGUAAAUACUAUUUCCUCCAGUUUACUAUCGCCAGUAAGUAUACACGAAACUACUGCUGAUAGCUUGAUAUAAUUUUUAAAUUAAUUCCAAUAUUUUUGGUAACGAUAUGUCAUCCUUUUUUGUUACUAAUUCUUUUUAUGUGAAUACGUAUAAAUCUAUCUCUACAGAUUAAAUCUCUUGUAACCGAAGUUUCGCUUAGAUUCGCCAAAUUGAAGUAUUGUUUACUAUUCAUUGUAAACUCAUCGCUCGAUUAUAAGACUGUUUAAAAACAAAUAAACUGAAAUCAUAAUCA